UUCAUUUGAAUCAACUAUGGCAAGUAUCGAAUGGAAGGAUUUUGUCCCGUCUCACCUCAUCCCUCAAAUUCUGUGUGGUUGUCUCGAUCAUUUUUCUCAUGACACUGUGACUGCAGUUAUUUGCACCAAGAAUAAGCAACUGUUGGAAAUCAAUCAAUUUAUUGUCACUUGUUCUUGUAACAUUCCUCUAGAAACAUGCGAACGUGUCUCAAUAUUUUACUCAUACAGUCCUGAUUACACAUACUAUCUGGUAGAGGCAAGUAAAGAACUGUGUGUCAUCAAGAAGGAUAAAAAAUUGGAGGUGAUCAGACGGUAUGACGAUGUGGUGAAGAUAGAGGUGACAGAUGAUUUCCAUUGCGGUUUUCCUCAAGUUCACAUUUACCUGUCGGAUGAGUUUGAGCCUGUAAUCACUGACUUUACGGAAAGACAGUUUUCCUACUUCUCUGAAAAAGAAAAACCUCAAGAUACCCAAUCAGAGUUUGCCUUUUCUUUGAGUCGAAACCUUCAGGCCAUGAAGUUGAAAUUGGAUGAAUGUAAACAAAAACUGAAGGAAAAGAAAAGGCUGAGAGCGGCAGCUUUGUAUAACUUCACAGAAAAUUCUGUUAGUGCAGAUGGAGAUUUUAUGUCAGAAUCAAACUGCAAAAAGAAAGCGUAUGACACCGCAGGAAUCUUGGUUAGCAGUACCUGGCAAAAAUUACACAAUGACAAGUGGGUUAUUGGAAUCGAAUUUAGGACAACAUCAUGGAAAGUGAGCGAGCUUGAAUUGAUUUUAGACGCAGAAGAGUACUCCUCGCAAAUGCUGCGGCUCAACAGACAACCGACCGAUGGCGGGUCCUGUCGGAUUUCCGAUACUGGGUCCCCACGCCCUGACCAUUUUCAGCCGGCCACCUCUCUCCCACCUAACUCUACCGCUUAUUUUCUCGCCGUUAUGGAAAGUCCAUGCUUCAAGGACUCUAGUCAUGUUUCUGUCGGGGGUGUGAUCUCCUAUCAGAUAAAAGAAAGAAAAUUCCAAUCUGCUUUACCUCCCUUUUCCUUAAGGGCAGAGGACCUAUUAAAUGAUACUCUUCUUCCUUUCUCAAAAAGUUUAGAAAUAACCCAUGACUUACUAUCUGCAACAAUAUCUAGCAAAUCGAUGGACCUGAUAAUAUCAACACCGUGCACCUUAGAUUGUUCUGUUGAUGAGAUUCUAACUAAGAGGCUAAAAUUUAAAUUUUUAGCCAAAAUUGGUUACUACUAUAAUGAAACACCCUCAAAUAUUGGCUUGCGUGGAAUGUUACUUUUCUACAAAACGGUCGCGUCUACCAGUUUCUUUUUAUCACUGUUUGGCAGGAACUCGAAACAAUUGAUAUUGUUUUUGAACUGUCUGAAAAAUUAUUUGCCAGAUCAAACAAGUAUCACAAAAUAUUCUGCCGGUAGCUGCGAAGUAAAUAUAGAUGAUGGCUUAGAAUCACUGAAAGCAGAGUUAAAACUGAUUGCUAUCACCAUGGAGGGGCACAUUGUUGGAGAGAACAUAAAUGUUCCUAAGUCGGAAUGGAAAAUUUUCAGGCAGAAUUUGAACAAACUAGAGUGCAGAACAGAUUCUAUACUCAACAGGCUUUCGAAUUCAUGUGGAAGACCCAAAAGUUAAAAUCUUACCAAUGUGUCAUUGACUGCCUGAUGAAGUCUUGCCUAGGUGUGUGAGCUGAAAA